AUGGCUUUCGGUGGGCACGAUUAUCUGGGCAAACGCGACGACGACCUCGGACGACGGGCAGGUUUGCCGUCCUCACAGCCAUGGUCUUGGUCCACCGCCCUGCGAAUGCGCCGCCGCCGCCUGGCCAUGGGCCUGCUCGGUGCCUUUCUGAUAUGGCUCUUCAUUCACAAUAUCCCCACCGAUUUAGGCAGCGUCGACCAACGCAUGGGCCGCCCACUGCGUCCAGGCCAUCGAGUUGACGGCGUCGACUUUGGGUAUAGGCCGCCGACUCGCCCUGCUCAACAAGCCGCCCGCCCAAACACUGUCUCCAAAGAGCCAACUGGUCCUCCUCCGAAGACGCACUCCACCGGAGACCAAGAGAAUCACUACUAUGCCGGACCUGUCAAGUUCUACAGGUUGGCAAGGUCCAUUCAGACCAUCGCCCGCACCAUGGGCCACAGAAAAGACAAUAGAAAUGUCUUGUUUGCCGCUUCCAGCCUUAGGAGCGCUGCGAAUCUACUACCCAUGGCUUGUGAAAUGGCCCGCGUAGACAAGAACUUUGUGCAUUUCACCCUGUUGGGACGGGAAGCCAUUCCCUUGGAAGACGUGCUCGAGAUAAAUGGUGUUGAUCGCGACUCUUGUGACAUAUUCUUCCACGAUGCCCGAUGCGACUUCUCCGAGUACAGUACAGACGCCCGAGCAGAGGCCUCUGUAGUCGGCGCUCUCGGUCAUAUUCACAUGUACAUGCACCCACAAGCCGUCAUCACUGAUGAUUCCUCCGUCGAGGAUGCCUUUUUCAUUAGAGGUCUGCGCUCGAAACUCGCCAUUCAAGCCACUCCACUCAUCGAGGUUCCAAAAGGAAAGUACGAGGAUUUCUUGUGGAUGACCCGUCUUGAUACCGGCGGCUUGACCUCGUGGCACAAGCCCAGCGUAAACAUUCUCAUUCACGCCCAGCCACAAUCAUCAGGCUCGCUCCUGCGUCUUUUACAUUCAAUCAAGGCUGCCGACUACAGUGGGCUUUCUCACCCUGACAUCACCAUCGACCUUCCUCCUGAUGUCGAGCCGUCUGCACGCGACUACCUGCGAGACUUUGAGUGGCCUCCACACCAAGAUCCCACCGGCCCACGUCAACGCAAAGUCAAGCUUCAUCAUCGCAUCUCUACUGCGAAAACCACGACCGAAAACAACGCACUUCGCUUCCUCGAGUCGUUUUACCCUGUCGACCCUGACCACUCGCAUGUCUUGUUGCUCUCAGCACAAACAGAGCUAUCGCCGUUAUAUUAUCAAUAUCUCAUGUACCACGUCUUGCAACAUCGGUACUCGGCAUAUGGAUCGGAUGACGGAGACAACCUUUUCGGAGUGGUUCUUGCGACUCCUGAUGCCUAUCUCAAUGGCACUAGUCCUUUCCCCACGCUGACCAUGUCUGAUACCGAGAGGNAGCCCAAGACUACUGAAGACCUGAUUGUACCUUUCUUGUGGCAAGCCCCUAAUGCCGAUGCAGCUCUUAUCUUUGGUGACGUUUGGGCCGAAGUCCACGACUAUCUCAAGAACCGUCUUCGUGCGGCUCACGAUGUCUUCUCAGUACAUCAAGCGCCCAGCAAGCGUGCUAAGCUCGUUUCGGAGACACAGCCCGGAUGGCUUGAAUACAUGCUAGAGCUGAUGAGGGCAAGAGGAUGGAGAAACCACUACCCUGCCCAUUUGAGUGCUGGAUCAUGGGCGACUGUGCAUCGAGAUCUCUUUCAAAAGCCAGAAGAGUACAUGAACAAAGCUGCCAAGCCCGAAGACGAAUCGAAGGAGACAGGGCAAGAGAAGAAACCCGACAAUGAGUUGCCCUUCCUCAGUGCAGAACCAGCCGCAGAUCAGAUUCGUCGGCAGGAAGAAUAUCUCGCACAGAAAGAGCACGACACGCUCCAGCAUUCUCAACCUUUGCACGCACUAUUGCCCUACGAGACUGAGCUCACAGAAAUCGCUCUUUUGCCAGCACUAGGUUUUACUGGACAGAAGGUCGCAAGAGAAGAUUUUGGACGUCUGGCAACAGAGUACCGCCUACUGCUCAGAACACAAGUCGGUGGUUGCAACGCUGCAGAAGCUACAAACGAUCGUAAGUACGACUUGGGCAAGACUGGUGACUUGUUCUGUUUCGUCGGACAAUUCGACCUAGACGAGGAAGAUGCAGAUGAGAAAACUGCCAAGGCUAUUCUGGGAGACGAGAUAUCUGAGCCGGCAUCGUACGCCGUGACAGACACAAAGGAACAUGUGACCNCCGAGACUGAGGCCACAGCAGAUGAAGGGGUACUCGACUCGGUAGCGAAACAGAAGCUGGCACACAUGAAAGUCGAGGCACCUGUCGUCAAACAGGUCAAUCAAGAAGAGCCAGAAAAGAAGCAGACGGCACCAGACGAUGAAUCCUCUCCUAAACGAGGCACAUUGAAGCCUAUCGUCGAGGACCUAGGACCUCCCAACGUGAAGGAUCGUCAAUGA